GUACGGCAGUGACAGCAAUCAAGGGGUCGUUCACACCGAACACGCUUUUCCGUCCAUCCGCGCUGUUUGUAAAUGACUGUUGCGCUUCGACUCGCGUCUUUUGGCGUCUUGUGGAUUUUAGACGCCGUUUCAAGUUAAAAAGGUGUUCACCUUUUACAAACGCAUCUCUAGACACUUGCGUUCUGUUCGUUACGCUGCGUUCUGCUAAAGUCUUUCUAGCAAGUCAGUCCACUGUCGGCCAUCUUUGGAACGCUCUCGGGAGGCUAUUUCCAGUCAUGACAGUGCAGCUCCUAUAUACUUGAAUGGGGAAAGAGCGAAAUCUCCAAAACGGUUGGUCAAAAUUACGAUCAAAGAACAUAUUUCAAAUAAGCAAUAAAAUCUGUCAAUAUUGGAAUCAUAAAUUGUGAUUAUUUACUUCAUAUUGAGCUAAAAAAAAAAAAAAAAAAAGCAAUUUUCCCGGCUUGUAUAGCUAAUGCGCAUGCGCGGUAUCGAGUUGAUUGACAGGCGAUAUCUGUUUCCAAAAUGUGAUUGGCCCUUUUAACUGUAAGGCGGGACUUCCUUUCUACAUCCGUUGACCGUUUGGCUCUAGAGCUUCUUGGUUGAGCGUUCCAAUUUCUCCCAUUCAUUUUAAUAGAAGUGAUCCAUCUCUGCUAAGUCAUCUCUGGCUCUGCUCGUUUUAGCUUAAGAAAGCGUACGAGCAAAAUCAGACGAGACUAGACGAUUAUCGAUCCUGUCGUACGUACGUACGUACCCCUGCCCGGAUACUGAGAGUCUGUGUUGCGAGCGGUGUCACUUCAUUCUAGCUGUUUUAACAUAUUUAUCCAUUACACACACUCAGAACAGCACAAUGUCCAUGGAUAUAACGUUUCUGGGGACCGGCUCAGCGUACCCGUCUCCCAAUCGCGGCGCUUCAGCUCUUGUUUUAAGAACUGAAGGCGAAAACUGGUUGUUUGACUGUGGAGAGGGAACACAGACUCAGUUCAUGAAGAGUCAACUCAAAGCGGGCAAAAUCACCAAGAUUUUCAUCUCUCAUCUCCAUGGUGACCAUCUCUUUGGUCUUCCUGGUUUACUGUGCACCAUCAGCCUGAGCUGUACACCCCAACCGGAUCAGCCUCCACCCUGCGUGGACAUCUAUGGCCCGCAGGGGUUACGGCACUUCCUACGUGUGGCAUUAGAGCUGUCCAGCUCUCAGCUGAUGUUCUCAUAUGCCGUCCAUGAACUGGAGACAUCAUGUGACCAGUGCCCUGCAGAGGGGCAUCUCAGUCCUACUCAGACCACCAGCAGCGAUGCUCUUCAUCCACAGGAGCAGCCUGGCAGAAGCAUACACCUGGACCCUGACACUGACUGUUACAGCCUCAUUGAAGACAAACAGUUUGUGGUAAAAGCGUUCAGGUUGUACCACAGAGUUCCAUCAUUCGGGUUCUCAGUGGAAGAGAGAGAACGUCCAGGACGACUCAACACAGACCUGUUAAAAGAACUAGGUUUGAAGCCGGGUCCACUUUUUGGCCGUCUGAAAAAUGGGCAAUCUGUGACGCUUGAGAGUGGCCGUAUACUGACCGCCAGUGAGGUGCUGGAGCCGCCACUGAAGGGCCGUAAAGUGUGUGUGUUUGGGGACUGCAGCACAGCGCUGGGGGAGGGGUUCAAAAGGGCGUGUCAAGGGGCGGACGUGCUGGUGCAUGAGGCCACUCUGGAGGACGGGCAGAGCGAGAAGGCAAUCGAACAUGGACACAGCACUCCCAGUAUGGCUGCUGCGGUGGCGCUCGCCUGCGAGGCGCGCACGCUGGUGCUGUAUCACUUCAGUCAACGCUACAAACCCGAAACUCUGCGGCGUGAUGGGGAGGACGACGUUACGGAGCUCAAGAGACAGGCUGAGAUUGUGCUGCAAGGAUCGGGCACAGAGGUCAUUCUCGCCGAAGACUUUCUCAUGCUGCCUAUUGCGCUCAAGAAGAAUUAGUCGUAGGCACUUGUUACACUUGUGUAUGAAAAUGUUUUAUUGUUAAAGGGAUAGUUUACCCAAAAUUUUAAUUGUCUCAACAUUUACUCACCCUCAUGCAAUCCCAGAUGUGUAUGAGUUUCUUCCUUCUGCAGAACACAAAUGAAGAUUUUUAGAAGAAUAUCUCAGCUCUGUAGGUCCAUACAAUGCAAGUGAAUGGUGACCAGAACUUUAAGCAUAAAAGUAAUCCAUACGACUUCAGUGAUUUAAUCCAUGUCUUCAGAAGCAAUCUAAUCGAUUUUGGGUGAGAACAGACCAACUAAUUUUUCAUACUUUUCAUAUCAUAUAAGUUUUGGUCACAUUCACUUGCAUUGUAUAGACCUAUAGAGUUGAGAUAUUCUUCCAAAAAUAUUAAUUAGUGUUGUGCAAAUGAAAGAAAGUUAUACACAUCAGGAAUGGAAUGAGGUUGAGUAAAUGAGAGAAUGUUCAUUUUUUGGUGAACUAUUUCUUGAAACCAUUUCUUCCUUUCUUGGAACACAAAAGGAGCCUCAGUUACCAUUCAGUUCCAUUGUAUGGAAAAAAGAUGCAAUAAAGGUGAAGGGUGACUGAGGCUGUCAUUGUGCCUAACAUCUCCUUUUGUGUUCCAUGGAAGAAAGAAAGUAAAUGGGUUUGGAAUUGAUGACAGGAUUUUCAUUGUUUUGAGGAUCUUUCAAAACUAUCCCUUUAAACACUCAUGGCCAUAUUUCAAUACUAGGAAUUUUUUUUUAAAUAAAUACAUUUUUAUUACAUUA